GCCACCCCUUCCAAAACCCACCCCCACUCGACCCGACCCCUAAAUUAAAGACAAAAACCUCCCUUCUUUAUAAACCUCCAUUCACAUCAUCCACACAAACACCACCACCAUGAACAAAUCCGCCAUGGGAGACCUGUUAGCUCAGUUAGGUUCAGUUCUCGCUAGUGUCAUGUUCGUUUGGGCAAUCAUCCAACAAUACUUCCCAUACAACAUCCGUAACUUCUUCGACAAAUACUCUCAAAGAUUCCUCACUUUCUUCUACCCUUACAUCCAAAUCACCUUCAACGAAUUCACCGGAGAACGAUUCAAACGCAGUGAAGCUUAUUCCGCCAUCGAAACCUACCUCGGCACCACCUCCUCCAUGCAAGCUAAGCGUUUCAAAGCCGAUAUCAUCAAGAACAACACACAACCACUAGCGUUAUCCAUGGACGACCAUGAAGAAGUUGCAGACGAAUUUAAUGGCGUCAAGGUUUACUGGGCUUCUGGGAAGAACAUACUCAAAUCACAAUCAUUUUCUUUCUACCCAAACACAGAUGAAAAGCGAUACUACAAACUUACCUUCCAUAAACGACAUCGGGAGCUUAUAUUCGGGCCUUAUUUGAAUCAUGUUCUUAAAGAAGGUCGUGAAAUCAAAGUGAAAAACAGACUCAGAAAGCUUUACACCAACAACGGAUCGCAAUGGAGUCAUGUUGUUUUUGAACAUCCAGCUUCGUUUCAAACUCUAGCAAUGGAUCCUGUGAAAAAGCAAGAAAUUGUUGAUGAUUUAACAACUUUUAGCAACGCAGAAGAGUUUUAUAAUCGAAUCGGUCGAGCUUGGAAACGUGGGUAUCUUCUUUAUGGUCCGCCGGGAACCGGAAAAUCCACCAUGAUCGCCGCCAUGGCCAAUUUCUUAUGCUAUGAUAUAUAUGAUCUUGAAUUGACUGCUGUAAAAGAUAACACAGAGCUCAGAAGAUUAUUGAUCGAGACUUCGAGUAAAUCGAUUAUUGUGAUUGAAGAUAUCGAUUGUUCAAUGGAUCUCACCGGACAACGGAAGAAGGAUAAAGAAGAGCCAGAAGAGAGUGAUCCGGCGAAGAAACCAGUGAAACCGCCGGAGAAUGAGUCAAAGGCGAGUAAAGUCACUCUUUCUGGUUUGUUAAACUUCGUCGACGGUUUAUGGUCAGCGUGCGGCGGCGAUCGGUUGAUAGUUUUUACAACUAAUCAUGUUGAAAAGCUCGAUCCUGCACUAAUCAGAAGAGGUCGAAUGGAUAAACAUAUUGAAUUAUCGUAUUGUGGGUUUGAAGCUUUUAGGGUUUUGGCGAGAAACUAUCUUUAUCUUGAAACACAUGAUCUGUUUGAAAAGAUUCGUGGGUUAUUGGAAGAAACCCAGAUGACUCCGGCAGACGUCGCCGAGAAUCUGAUGCCGAAGACCAGUCCGGCGGAUGUAGAAGGGUGUUUGAGGAGCUUGAUCGAAGCUCUGGAGAACACGAAAGAGGAAAAAAGGAUCGAGGAAGAAGAGAAAAGAAAAAAAGAGUCGGCGGCGGCGGUGACGGCGGCCGCGGAGGAGAAAGAUGAAAUCAAGGUAGCAAAACUAGUUGAAAAUGGUUCAAAUGGAAGCAUAUGAUUGAAUCAUAACAGUUUGAGAAGAUCGGCGCCGGCGAGGCGCAUGGUCUCCGGCGAAUUUUGGGAAGACUUUGCCGACAAAAUGGAAGAUGACAUUUGGAUAAGUUCAAUGGUAAAUUGCCGGUCAUUAUUUGGGUCAAAGGACACUUUUGGUCCCUACGCUUUAUUUAUGACGAUAAUAGCCCUUGUAAUUGUAUUUCAAGUUCCCAUGUAAUGGGAGUGCAUGUAGUUUAUGCCUUUAUGGAAUGAAAGUAAAUAGCCAAAAAAAAAAAAUGAAAAAAAUUCCUACA